CGAGAAAACAAAUCAUCGCGGUUUGCCGUCUCUCGAUAAGUACUGUGCGCUUUCCGGAUUUCUAUUUUUAUUGUCUAACGGUGUUGCUUUUUUCCAUGAGGUGGCCUUGCUUAUUUCUUCACUCCUUUUCUUGGCAAUCGCGUCCAUCAGUAUCAAUGAACUACUUACUAGAUCACAAAACUAAAUUUCUCUACUGGUGCAGAUUGCUAGACAAGAACUCGUCAACGAGGUGGAAAGUGCGUCAAGGAUGAUGCAGCUCCUCGCGCGGGUGCGCUUCUGGCUUUCCGCCCCAGUGUGCUGUCUCACCGGGUUGUCCAUGCUUUCGGGGACGAGCUUGAUGGUUUUCGUGAAAGCGGAGUUGCACGGUCCAAAGUUCUUGAUAGUGUCUGCAGCCGCAACAAGUGGCGCCAGCGCAGGCACAGCUCGCAGUUCCGCGACGACACUGCGCUUGGGUCAGCAGCAAGAUGGUGAUCUGGACGACGUAGAUGACCUAGACGAGGACGUAGAUGAUCUGGACGACGUGGUGGAUGCCCAGGAGGACACGGACGUCGUCGUCGAUGAGGCUGCGGACGUCCAUGGCAGUUUCGUCGAGUCUCAGCCCGCCGGCGAGUCCGAUCCGGAAGUGAGGCCACCCAUUCCCGACAUGGAUCUGUACCUGCAGUCUGUUCCGGGAAGAAACUGGGCUUCGGCGCGAACGAUCAGCCUGCAGGAGAUCAGCAAGCUGCGUGACUUGGAGCGAGAUCUUCUUGGUUACGAAAGUUCGUUUGAUGCCGUGGCGGACCAGUCUGGAGAACAACACGCCGUGUUUGCCGUGCAAGUGUUUCAGUCGGGGCGAAGUCUAGACUUCUUCCUGCUGGCCAAGAAAGCUGGUUUUGUGAAAGAUUUCAUGGAGCUGGAUACCAGUAAGAACUUGAUUUUGGACGACGACGAAUUUUAUCCGAGGAGCAAAAAGUGCACGGGAACGGCGCUCGUCGGAAAGAGUCCCCUUUGCUCUUGCAGCGUCUCGUUUCCCGAGUAUGCACAGUUGCGGUACUGCAACAAGUACCGGCAUCUUUUGGCAGGCAGAAUGAAGAGUCGGUCUUUCGAAACUGCUGCGGAGCACCCAAUGAAUUCGGGGACACAGCCGCCUGCGUCGUCAUUUCAACAAGUGCACGGGCUCUUUGCUGAUUUGCUGGCGCCUUGCUACAAAGUAGCGUCGUCGUGCCUCUCUCCCCCAGAGCCGCCGGCGUCCCCCCCCCAGAGUCGCCGGUCUGGACCCUCAACAGCCACCUCCCACUCCCAGACAUAAAGGAGUUCGAGGACAUCUUGAACCCACCGAUUGAGACCCCCGGCGCUAGCGCCGGCAGUAGUGAGAGAAGUAGCAUCAGCAGUAGCUCCAGCAGUAGCUCCAGCAGUAGCGCCACCACUUGGGCCAGCAAUAGCGGCAGCAGUAGUAUCAGUUCCAGGAGCGCUAGCACUGAUGCGUCCACGAACAUCCCGGAUCUGGAAUACCAGUCUGACUCGAGUUCUGUCGCACCGGCAGCCGCGGGGAAGACUUCUAAGUUCUCGAAACUGAAGAAGGCGUUGUCUUGCUGCUUCCGUUAAGAAGUAUAUCAAUGUUUCUCAAGCGUUUUACGGGUAGGGAUAGGGUAGUUACGAUGUCACCUUUCAUAGAUCUCCGCUGCUGCUUUCAAGAAGCAAUGUCAGUAGCCGUAACCGUAGUACUUACCUGCGGUUUCGUAAUUGUGAAAAUUAAAGUUUUAUUUAAUAUGAACAUGUUUGUGUGUUUGUCAUUGUCUUUGUUUUGAUGCGAUGAGCUCGAAACGCCAUGCGUUUACUCACGUUUCAUGCGAUGAGAGCGUGGCGAAUCACGAGACCACGGUCAGAGCAAGGCGAGCAACAAGGGUAGAAUAAGUAAGGCAUCUGCUGCGGUCGUGCAGAAAGGUGGAAAUGUCCUCCGACGAGGACCCAAAGCGACCUAAGCGACAGGGGCGGGCGAGCUUCCGCAUCACAGAUGUGAGGGGCUCAUGUAAAAAAUUUCCAUGCAUAUGACAAAGUUAGAAGUAGAUGAAGUACACCUGCUGUUGUUCUUUUUUCAUACCCUAAUGUCCCCCCGAUCUUUUUCAUUUCAACUUCAAGCAAUGUCAGGUUAGCAACGGCGACUCGAACUAAUAAAUAUGAAUCAAUAUC